AUGCCAGAGCUUACCCAAGGAACGGACGAAUGGCGGUGUGUUGAGCUGCAGUCAGAAAUCAAGAAGCUGAAGGAGCAGAUCUCCCGCUACGAGGAAGAUACUGCUCGUCUAACAAAGCUAUCCGAGGAAAGCGAGAGAGCUGUAAAGCCAGCUGACUCCAAGAUCAAAAUCAAAGAAGAGACGGUUCUAUUUGAUGAUGAAUCAAUCAAGUCGCGCAUGAGUGUGAUCAACUUCGCCCACUAUAAUGUCACCUUGGAGGAGACCAUCCGCAACUUCACAGUGAAGCGCGCAUUCAUGUCUAAGGUAUACGGAGGCAGUAGCCAAGAGACUUUCCCUUCUAUCAGCCCCGAAAAAGUGGCCGUGCAUGGCAGGGAAAACUUCGCAUACAUGACCCUUGAAUGGAACCCAUAUGCGCCUAGGAGGCCAGGCCGUCCAGGUCUGUUUUUCGGACACGGCAAUGCGUUCGAGCACGAAGGGCCUGGUGUCCUUGACGUCUUCGUCAGAAUACAGUCGCACUCUGAUCCGCAAUGGCGAUAUAAUGGACUGUAUGAAUUCAUUGCCUCUCCGUCACUGACCCCUGCAGAGUGGGCAAUCCAGUCUCCGGUCGUUAAGAGGACAUGGGCGCAGGGAUGCUGGACCUACGGCGGUGCGGACUGUGUCAGAAUCGCUUAUCGUCGAGAUUUUGGACGGCUCCCGACAAAGCAAGAGGUCGACGACAUAUUUGCAACAUGCAAAAAAUACCAGAACCUAACUGUCGACGACAUUCUACGCGCAUUCGACAACGGGGAAGAGACUAUCGCUGUUUGGGUGAUGAGAUGCAUUGGCUACGACGAAGACUUUCAGCGAGAAUUGGUUGAAAAGAGUACGAAUUGGCAAGUUCCCGCAAAAAGGCCUGGAGGCAUAAAAUCUAGAACGAAACCCGCAUCAAAGCGGACCAAGGCGAGAACCGCACCUAAAUAUCGUGCGGAGGAGAGCGAUGAUGGUGAGGAUGUGAGCAUGCGGGCGGAAAGCGAGG